AUGGAAGAAGAGAGGAUUGGGCUCCUGAAACUUAAAGAUGCAUUCAAGAAUAUGUUAUUUUGUAGUUCAUGGGGUGGUGAAGAGAGUGAUUGCUGUUUCCAAGGAGUGCUUAGAUUGAAUAAAUUACAAGAUUUGAAUUUAUAUCCAAAUGAAUUCACAGAAUUCCCAUCCUUGGGUGGGCUACCAUCUCUUACAUCCCUAGAUCUUGCAUCUAAUUUUUUGAAGAACUCAAACAAUUUUGAAGAGUUAACUACUUUGAGCAAUUUGGAAGUGUUGAAGCUGGGCAAUAAUUUGAUUACCAGUGAGAUUGCAUCCUCUAUUGCACGCCUCACCUCUCUUAAGACCUUAUCUUUAGCAGACAAUAAACUAAAUGGCUUGUGGCCAGUUGAACGCAUGUGCAAAUUGAAGAACCUUGAAGAGUUGGAUCUUUCUGCAUGUGGCCUAGAGGGAAAGCUUCCUCCAUGUCUCUGCAAUUUGACAUCCAUCCGUUCACUUGAACUUUCGAAAAACAAUUUCAAUGGAACUAUUCCUUCAACCCUCUUCUUUAGUCUCAAGUCACUUGAGUAUGUUUCUCUUUCUGAAAAUCUUUUUGAAGGCUUGUUCUCAUUCAGCUCACUUGCUAACAACUCCAUACUAGUGGUCUUUAAACUUGCAAGUCAUAACAAUCUUUUAAGGGUGGAGACAGAGAUCCCACGUAUGUUCCUUCCUCCAGUUAUCAAAUUGUACUCUCAACGAGCCACAUGGAACUAUACCAAGCUUUCUCUUAAAUCAAUAUGA